AUGCUCAACAGGUAAUUAGAAUUAGAAUGAAAAGAUAGGACAAAGAUCUUCAAAGAAUCAUUGUUUGAUUUGUUUCCCUCUUUGUAUUUUCAGCUUCUGGGGCAAAUUCGGCGAGAAACCCAACAAGACUCAAACCUUUACCGUCACAAGUCCUGCAGAGCUAUAUGCAAUAAUAGAAGAUGCUGGUAACAACAUUCACGACAUACGAAUAUGCACUGAUGAUAUAGUAGAAAUUGAUGUCAGUAAAGCUGUAGAAGAGGUCAUUCCAAGCAAUAAAACCAACAUUUUUAUCGCGAGUUUCACCACGUCAUGGGCCCGCUUAGAGUUGUACAAGUAUUUGGAACAGUUGAAGGAUCAAGUUCUAUAUUUUUAUACAGACAGCAUCAUUAAUCUUUGGCAUAACGGUUUACCUGAAGUGGAGACGGGUCCGUUUUUGGGUCAGAUGAAAGACGAAACCGCUGGCGUACCCAUACAGGGGUUUGCGACAGGGGGUCCAAAAAAUUACACUUACAUGCUACAAAAUGGUGAAACAGAAUGCAAAAUACGCGGUUUUACCCAGGAUGAGCAGGGCAGGGCUCUGUUGAAUUUUGAUUCCAUGAAAAGUCACAUUUUAGCUGCGAUCAAAAACCCUGGGAAUGCACCACAGCCUAUUGCAGUACCUGUAAGCGUGAAUAUGGACACCAAUAGGACCACCAAGAAAAUCUGUCUAACCCCUAAAGUCAAGAAUUAUCGCCUUGUCUUUGAAAAGCGGGUGAUUCAAACAAAGGAUUGUAGCAGCAAACCUUAUGGUUAUGAUUGGAUAGGCCAACACACUUGA